GGCAGGCCUACAAUUUUAGCAUAAAUGGCAUCACUACUAACGCUGCAAUCACAGCAAUUUCUUGCAUUACUACGACAAGGACGCCUGGACAGCCUUCAAUCAAAUGUCAAUGCACAGACUAAUUUUGGUUAGUUGGGACAGGCCCAGUGGCGGCCAUCGACUCGUGUCCUUCUAAUGUGUUAUAUAAAUACGAGAUAUCCUCUCAUCUGAUCAAUUUGCUCCACAUCCCCGUUCUUGAGUUGCUCAUCCUCUGCUAGUAGUAGAUCAUGUUGACAAUCACCAACGUUACCUGGCUGGACCUACUAUGCCUUACCGGUGUUGGAGUCUAUCUGGUAAAGCAGGUACUCAUCAAGAAGAAUCCUGCACCAUAUCCACCUGGUCCCCGGGGGUGGCCUCUCAUUGGCAAUCUUUUAGAUAUGCCUCGCAUCAAACCCUGGCUCACAUUUACUGAGUGGGGUAAGAAAUAUGGUGAUAUCACGCAUAUCGAGGUUCUGGGUCGGCACAUCAUUGUGCUGAACUCUGUCAAGACUGCAAUGGAAAUGAUGGACAGAAAAAGCAUCUUGUACUCUGACCGUCCUGUUCUUCCUAUGGUUGGUGAACUUGUUGGUUGGAAGGACUCUUUGCCUGGCCUCUCAUAUGGCGACCGUUUUCGCCGGCAACGCAAGAACAUACAACGCGUCAUCGGCAGUCGCGCCGCAGUGGACGUAUACAACGAGACCGAGAAGGUCGAGACACUUCGAUUCCUGAAGCGUGUGCUUGCGAGACCCGACCGACUGCAGGAGCAUAUCCGACACACUGCUGGUGCUAUCAUUUUGCGCAUCACUUAUGGUUAUGAAGUGAAAGAGAAUGAUGAUCCCUUCGUUGACCUUGCAGACCGCGCUAUGUCCCAGUUCUCCCAGGGUCAGUCCGGUAAAUUUAUGGUUGAUAUUUUACCAUUCUUGGCAAAGGUCCCCGCGUGGUUCCCCGGUGCUGGCUUCAAGCGCAUAGCACGUGAAUGGCGCGGGACACUCGAAGAGAUGGUUUCUGCACCCCACGAGUUCGUCAAGGACCAGAUGGUUGCUGGCAUCGCCCCCAUGUCUUUUACCUCGAAUCUCUUAGAAGGCGGUGAUAUAUCUGCGGAAGAGGACCACACUGUGAAAUGGUCUGCUUUUUCCCUAUAUGCCGGCGGUUCCGACACGACUGUUUCUGCAAUAUACUCGCUUUUUCUAGCUAUGACACUUUUCCCUGAUGUGCAGAAGAAAGCUCAGGCUGAAAUAGAUGCGGUCGUCGGUCCUGAUCGUCUUCCCUCCUUCGCCGACCGCGAGUACCUCCCCUAUACUGAGGCGCUUGUCAAAGAAGUCCUGCGUUGGAACGUUAUCGCUCUCGUCAGUGCACACUGUGUGACCAACGACGAUAUCCAUGACGGGUACUAUAUUCCAAAAGGCUCCUUAAUAAUGCCUAACAUUUGGUUCAUGCUCAACGAUCCACAAACAUAUGCUAACCCCUCGCAAUUCAAUCCUGAACGCUUCUUGGCUAAGGAUGGAAAGGAACCUGAGACGGAGCCUCGCACGAUUUGCUUUGGCUUUGGUAGACGUAUAUGCCCAGGUAUCUACCUUGCUGAAGCCUCCAUUUGGAUAUCCACUGCGAUGUCACUGGCCGUGUUUGAUAUUUCGAAGGCUAUCGAGAAUGGUGUCGAGAUCACCCCCGAGGUUGAAACCUUACCAGGUGUGAUCGGCCACCCCAAACCCUUCAAGUGUUGUAUUAAGCCUCGCUCUGCGACUGCCCUUGGGCUUAUUGAACAAGAUGCUCUAAUAAGCUCAUGAUUGUGAAACCGCAGAAACACGGAGGGUUAAUACUUAAGCAUGCGUUGUAAUUUACAUGUUGCACUCAGGA